AUUUUCAUUCAUACUUUGAUGUGUGGUGUGUGUGUGGCGUCUCUGGCUGGGUUGUGUUUCGUUAGAACAUUUUAUUGUUUUAUUUUAUGUUCGUCUCACAAAUAAUUAUUAGUGUAUAAAAUAGUAAUUAGUUUACCUUAAUAGACUUUUAUUAUUUGCUAGUUAUAAUUAAUAUCUAUUUACCGACAUAACAUAACCUAAAUAGGUUACGAAAAUGACAACUGUUGAAGAAAAUACGGAAAUAGACUGGGGUAAUGAAAGGCUGAGCCGAGCUCAACGUGCGGUUGAAGCCAACACUUACGAUGUGGAUUCCUGGUCCCUACUCAUCCGUGAGGCCCAAACGAGGCCCAUCAAUGAAGUACGUCCCAUGUACGAGAAGCUGAUCAAUGCUUUCCCAACUACGGGCCGAUACUGGAAGAUUUAUAUUGAACAGGAGAUGAAAGCGAGGAAUUUUGAAAAAGUCGAAAAGCUGUUCCAGCGAUGUCUCAUGAAGAUCCUGAACAUAGAAUUGUGGAGGCUGUACCUCAACUACGUCAAGGAGACCAAGUGCAUGCUGCCUACUUAUAAGGAAAAAAUGGCACAAGCAUACGAUUUUGCGCUGGAUAAGAUCGGUCUGGAUAUCCACGCUUACCCAAUCUGGAACGAUUACAUCACGUUUCUGAAGAGUGUGGAGGCUGUGGGAUCUUACGCUGAGAACCAGAAGAUAUCUGCUGUGAGGAAGGUGUACCAGAGAGCCGUGACCACCCCUAUAAUAGGCAUUGAGACACUAUGGAAGGAUUACAUCGCGUUUGAACAAAGCAUCAACACUAUUAUUGCUGAAAGAAUGGCGAUGGAGCGUUCCCGGGAGUACAUGAACGCGAGGCGAGUGGCCAAGGAGUUGGAGACAGUCACUAGAGGUCUGAACAGAAACAUGCCGGCCACACCGCCCACUGCUGAUAGGGAGGAGAUGAAACAGGUGGAACUAUGGAAAAAGUACAUAACAUGGGAGCGAUCGAACCCGCUCCGCUCGGAGGACACGGCGCUGGUGGCUCGGCGGGUGAUGUUCGCCAUCGAGCAGUGCCUGCUGUGCCUGGCGCACCACCCCGACGUCUGGCACCAGGCCGCGCAGUUCCUCGACCACUCCGCCAAGCUGCUGCAGGAGAAAGGGGACUCGAACGCGGCGCGUCUGUUCUCAGACGAAGCAGCAGCUGUGUACGAGAGGGCCACCAGUGGACCUCUGAAACAGUCCACGCUAUUGCACUUUGCCCACGCCGACUAUGAGGAGAGUAGACUGCAUUAUAAUAAGGUACAUCAAGUAUACACGCGUUACUUGGACAUGGAGGACAUUGACCCCACCCUGGCGUUCGUGCAAUAUAUGAAGUUCGCCAGGCGAGCUGAAGGCAUCAAGUCUGCCAGGACUGUCUUCAAACGGGCUCGGGAGGAUUCUAGAUCCCGCUACCACGUGUUCGUAGCCGCAGCGCUGAUGGAGUACUACUGCUCGAAAGACAAGAACAUCGCGUUCCGCAUCUUCGAGCUGGGUCUGAAGAAGUUCUCCCACAUUCCUGAAUACGUGCUCUGCUAUAUCGACUACCUGUCUCAUUUGAACGAGGACAACAACACCCGCGUCCUCUUCGAGCGAGUGCUAUCCUCAGGGAGCCUCAAGCCGGAGAGCCAGGUGGACAUAUGGAACAGGUUCCUGGAGUUCGAGUCCAACAUUGGAGACCUCGUCAGUAUCGUCAAGGUCGAGAAGAGGAGACAGGCAGUGCUGGAAAAGAUCAAGGAGUUCGAAGGCAAGGAGACGGCCCAGCUGGUGGACCGGUACAAGUUCCUCGACCUGUACCCGUGCAGCAUCGCCGAACUCAAGUCUAUCGGGUAUACUGAGGUGGCUUCGAUGUCGAACAAGUCGUGGGCACUGGGAGGCCCCCUGGCGGGGAUAUCGCCAGAACUAGCCGCCGUUAUACUCGGACAGAAGGAUAACGACCCGAACAAGGACAUAGCGCGGCCGGACACCAGUCAGAUGAUACCGUACAAGCCUAAAGUCAAUCCCCUGCCCGGCGAACAUCCCAUACCAGGCGGGACGUUCCCCCUCCCCCCCGCGGCCGCCCAGCUGUGCACCAUGAUGCCGCCGCCGUCCAGCUACCGCGGACCGUUCGUCGCCAUCGACAGGCUCAUGCAGCUCUUCAACAGAAUCUCUCUGCCUGACAAACCGCCAGCGCCUACGAUGGAGAACGGCUGCGACACCAAACUGUUCGACCUGGCGCGCUCCGUGCACUGGAUCGUGGACGACGAGGGGAUCACCACUGUCGCCAGCAAGGCACGACGAAGGAAAGCGGGUGAAGACUCAGACGACGACGAGUUAGGAGUCGCGCCGCCCGCCAACGACAUCUAUCGGCAGAGACAACAAAAGCGAGUCAAGUAGAACUAACUAACAUAAACAUAAUAUUGUAUACACAAGCAAACAUUUUUGUAUUAUAAUAAAAUCUCGUGAGACUUAAUUAUUAUGUUAUCUGCUUACUCACGUUACUGUUUGAGGAGGGACUCGACUAGUUUCAAGCCAUGCUAGAGGUUCAUAUUCAUGAGUAGGAUUCCGCGACACGUUAAAUUAUACGACAUUUGUUUGUCGACUUGUUUCAAGCCGUGAUGGGAGCUCAUAGUCAAGAAUUGCAUUGCAUGAUAUCCAGUUCCAGACUCGAAUCUCUAAAGUAAACUAGAGAAGUCCGUAGUGUGUCAGGUUACAGUGCCGCGUGUGUACAACUAUUUCUAAGUGUGGGGAUCGGGAGAGCCAUGCUUCGGCACGAAUGGGCCGGCUCGACCGGAGUGAUAUCACGGCCUCACAGAAAACGGACGUGAAACAACGUUUGCGUUGUGUUUCGUUGUGUGAGUGAGGUUACCGGAGCCCCAAUUACCUCCCUUCCCAAUCUUCCUAAUCCCCGAUUACCCCUUCCCAAUCUUCCCAAUCCCCGAUUCCCGAACAACAAAAUUUCCUAACUGCCAAAAGGCCGGCAACGCACUUGUAACGCCUCUGGUGUUGCAAAUGUCCAUGGGCGGCGGCGAUUGCUUACCAUCAAGUGAUCCGUCUGCUCGUUUAUAUAUCAUAAAAAGCUGCUUGUCUAGGGUGCUGUCUAGGUUUAAUCUCUUCUUGAUACAUGAAACCUAAAUAGAAUUAAGUACUUCGUCAAACAGUGAAUGUAUGCCGUAAAACAUAAUUAUUUAUAUAGAAGUACCCUUAGUAUUAGUUUGCUUUACGUUUAAAGUAAUCGAAACGAGAGCGCGUUCGGCGAUCUGAGGCCUUAGUACGAGUUUGUUUUACGAAACCAGAGCGAGUAUGGCGCUCUGAUUGGUUGGUUUAUUCGCACCAACCAAUCAGAGCGCCGAACGCUCUAUCAUUUCGUUUUCGUUCAACGAAGAGCAAACUCGUGCUAAGGGUACAGACAUUUUGUAUAACCGAACGAUGAGAUUUUUUUUUGAAACAAAGUAAAACCAUUGAAAUCUUUGUGAAUUUGGUUUGAUUUUGCACGACUUGUAUAUUAUAUGGGAAGUUUUGUAUGUGUAAAAGAUAAUAUAUGAAACUUUUAUAAAUAAAGAACUUAAAUAUAA